CCCAUUUUUCCCAAAAGCUUAAGCUUGUUCAUAAGAAUGGCUUCCACUCAAUACAACUUUCCCCCUCAGAAGCAAGACACACAACCUGGCAAAGAGUAUCUCAUGAAUCCACCACCUCAAUACAACAACCCCCAAUACAAGCCAUCAAAUAAACUUCAAGUAAAUGGAAAGAUAGCUAUAGUAACCGGUGGUGAUUCAGGAAUUGGAAGAGCUGUGUCCAACUUGUUUUCAUUGGAGGGUGCAACUGUCAUCUUCACAUACGUGAAAGGGCAAGAAGACAUAGACGCAAGAGACACCCUUGAAAUUAUAAGAAAGGCUAAGACUAAAGAUGCCAAAGAUCCAAUGGCUAUACCAGUUGACUUAGGUUAUGAAGAGAAUUGCAAAAAAGUGGUGAACCAAGUGGUCAACGCUUAUGGCCACAUUGACAUUCUGGUCAACAAUGCAGCUGAGCAGUACGAGAGUGAUUCAUUGGAAGAGAUUGAUGAAGCAAGACUCGAGAGGGUGUUCCGAACUAAUAUCUUUUCCCAUUUCUUCAUGACCAAGCAUGCAUUGAAGCACAUGAAGGAAGGAAGCAGCAUUAUAAACACGGCAUCAGUGAAUGCAUACAAGGGACAUGCAACGCUAGUGGAUUACACGUCGACGAAGGGUGCUGUUGUGGGGUUUACGAGGGCACUCGCGCUUCAACUUGUGACAAAGGGAAUAAGAGUGAACGGGGUAGCACCUGGACCCAUUUGGACUCCGUUAAUAGUGGCAAGUUCCACGGAGGAAGAAAUUACUCGAUUUGGUUCAGAUGUGGCUAUGAAGAGAGCUGGGCAACCCAUUGAGGUUGCUCCAUCUUAUGUGUUUCUUGCGAGCAACCAAUGUUCUUCUUACGUAACUGGCCAAGUCCUCCACCCUAAUGGUGGAAGCAUUGUGAACGCUUAAUGAAGGAUAAAUGACACUCGUUAAUCGAGACUGGUGUAUGGUUCUUGUCUACGUAAACUAUGUUAUGUAUGGCAGAUAGCACAGUGCUGAUGUGUAUGAAGGAAUAAAUGUUAGCUCUAAUGGAAAGCAAGUGUGUGUAUUGCUUCCAAUCGUAUAGACCUGAUAAAAUAUUGUUUGUAAGUAAAUGUAUAUGUAUCCAUAAAUUUGUGGGCAAGUUUUUAAAUGAGUCUAUUGUAGUUGCUGUGGAUAAAUGUGAUCAUUGUAGACCUCGAUCGCAGUCUGAUGAGGACUGAGGUUGCCACAUAUGUCAUUGUGAUGUCAUUAUAAAAUUUCGUGUCUGCCUGAUUGUUUUUAAUUUA